AUGCAAUACGACCAGAAGAAAAGCCUGCCGACCAUGAUAGAUCAAGCCCGAUCAAGUGUCAUCAAGGACAACCCUAUCGGAAACGGUCUUGAUUCAUUUCGCACCUCGUUCGAUUCGCUCUGCGAUGGCAGAAGCAUAGACAAAUCUUGUCAAAAAGAUUUCAAGAACAUCACUCUUGAUCUCCUCUCCGCACUGCAGUCACUUCGGGCGUCGCGCCUACUUCAAUCUGCUGCCAGUGGUAAAAGCCUGUUCGCCGACCUGUUGAGACUGAACGCCGCCGUCGACUCCAAUGACUUAGAUCUUGAACGUACAAAACCACUUUUGAAUGCAGUUGUCAGAAAGGCGCCCGACCAUGAGAUUUGGAGCGUCGUGCUUGAUCUCACCGCCUCACUCGCCCGAGUCACACCUCCUGUAAGCGUCCCAGCCGCGGUCGGCGAUACGCCCAUUGUCCAUUCCUCCGCUUCCCAGCAAGGUUCCGAACAGACACGUGAAUUGGUGGAAAGAAAGGUGUUUGACGAGAUCAGGUUGUGCACAUAUCGCGACGUGGGAGGAUUCUUUGAGAAGUACUUUGAGGGGAAAGAAUGGACGCGCAGUGCCUCGGGCGUCUAUGAGGCGACCAAGCACCGUCACGACGGUGGCGCGUGGACUGAUCUUCCAAAUCCGCCUGUGCAGGCCGGAGUUCUGGACUGGUGGUUCCAAUUCCAAGACGACUGCCUUUCCGAGGAACGCCGCCGUUACUAUUCGACAACGAAACCGAAAGACCUUAUCGGCGCCGAAGCCAAGCGACAAAUCGAUCUCUUUGUCAAGCGAAACGACGGGCAACAGCCUGACGCAGUCCACGACUGGAGGGACGUCGAUGUGAUCGGCGAGCUUAAGGCGUCCAACAACAACAAAAAGGCGACUCUUCUCCAGCUCGGCCGGUACGUGCGGGAUGUUUUCUCCUGCCAGCCGACGCGUCGAUACGUUCACGCGUUUACGAUUUGCGGGCGCGAGAUGGAGGUUUGGGUAUUUGACCGCUCGGGAUGUUACAGCCCUGGACCGUUCGAUAUCGAUGCGGAGCCCAAGCGUUUCAUUCGGGUGAUCGCCGGCUACACAAUGAUGAAUGAUGAGGAACUGGGCUUGGACAUAUUUACAGAGCAGGAUGGCGAUAAUCGCUCGAUACUCGUGGAGGACGUGGCCUCGGACAAGGCAGAUCUGCUCAAGCUGGCCCAUGAGAGAGGAGUUGAGGGCAUCGCCAGGUUAAUUGGCCAUCGUCGCAUCACCAGCAUCAAUGAGAUGCGCUCAGGCCUGAAGUUUACGAAGCCUUACCCCUUCCGAGUCUUCCGAUGUCUAGUGAUAUCCCCAGCUGGCCGGGCGAUCCACAAGUACGAAAAGAAAUCGGAGCUCCUGGGGGCGCUCCGUGACGCCAUCAAGGCACACAGGUCCCUGUAUCUCAAAGGCAACAUCCUUCACCGGGACAUUUCCGAGAACAACAUCAUUAUAACCGACCCCGAAAGGACCGGCCACAUGGGAAUGUUGAUCGACCUGGACCUUGCCAAGGAGCUCGGCAGCGGGCGCAGCGGGGCGCGCUGUCGCACUGGCACGAUGGAGUUCAUGGCUAUCGAGGUGCUGCUUGGGAUCUCGCACACCUAUCGCCAUGAUCUCGAGUCGUUCUUUUAUGUUCUUAUUUGGCAAUGCGCUCGUCGAGGCGACUACGAUGACAUUGCGCGAAUAAAGGCAGGUGAUAUGAGCAAAGGAGAAGAUGUUGGAUUUGGAUUUAUCUUGAGGGAGUUCCCGCCAGAGUUUGACUGUGUGAAGCCGCUUUGCAGGGAGUUGCGGGGGAUAUUGUUUCCUAUUCUCAAUGGUGAACUCUUCAAGGGGACACCAAAGGAUCCAGAUAUUCUUUAUGGGCCAAUACUCCGAGCAUUUGACAAGGCUAUUGAUGAUAUCAAUGCUAUGGAAGGAUAG